CACACCCGUCGUCCCUUCACAGCCACAGACCAUUAACUUGAGACUCCCUCGUUACCAUCUCAUCGCAGAACCACCGCGAAGCUCGAGCAAGAACAAGAUGGCCUCGUCUACCUGCUUGCUCCACUCUUCCACCCUCGCUCCAGCCUUCUCGCUUCCUGAACUCCGUCGCAGACUACCCCCGACGCAGCUCGACCUCCGCAGCAUCCACCGUCGCGCUCCCGGCGUUGCACUCGCCGCCUCAUCCUCCGCCGCGUCGCCGGAGGUCGAGAAGGAGCCCUCGCCCUCCCCUUCGCCGCCCAAUGAAUCCGCCCUAUCGGCCGUGGCGGAGAGCGUGAAGGUGCUCAAGGCGGCGGCCAAGACGAGGAAGGUGCCCGCCCCCGAGGUGCUGGCGGCGCUGGCCACCAUCAAGAAGGCCAAGCUCGACACCUCCGCCUUCUUCGAGACCCUCGGCGGGACGGAGUCCCCCGGCAGGACAUGGAUGCUCAUCUUCACCGCGAAGGGCAAGCUGGAGAAAGGGAGCUACUUCCCGGUGACCGCCGUCCAGCGAUUCGACGCCGCGGGCCAGAGGAUCGAGAACGGGGUGUACCUGGGGCCCGUGGGCAGCCUGACGUUCGAGGGGAGGCUGUCGUGGAAGAAGAAGAUGCUGGCCUUCGUCUUCGAGCGCGUCCGCGUGAAGGUCGGGCCGCUCGGUCCCCUCGAGAUCGGCCUCGGCGGCGACGCGAGCAGGGAGCCGAGCACCAAGGACCCGUUCUUCCUGUGGUUCUACGUGGACGAGGAGAUCGCCGUGGCGCAGGGCAAGGGCGGGGGCACCGCAUUCUGGUGCAGGUGCAAGCGUGUCCCAGCAUGAUGAAAACUUCAGUUCGGUUCAGUUUAGCGUUUGGACGAUCGAUCAGGAUAGCUAAUGUUUGUUCUUCGUCUUACUGUACACGAUUAUUAUGUGCACGGAUGAUGGAUGAAAUAGAUGAUGGUACUACCUG